AUGAGAAUCCCACCGAUCCCAGCGGUUCAUGAUUUCGGUCUGUUCAUGUCUCUCAUUGUGAGCUGCUGCUGGCUUUGGGUGUCCAUUCUCAUGCCUGCUGCCCUUUGCAUCUGGAGCCAGUGUGGAGCUGCCCAUGCCAACGCCUGUCCCAAAUGGUGGACCACUCUAACGAAACUGUCCACCAGCCCCAGUCCGCUCUCAGAUGAAGACGAUGUUGCUCUAAUAACGGUAGAAAUGGAACCAGGUGUGUAUGACUCUGAAUCCGAUGCGGUACUGCUGUCACUCUCAGCUGAAGCUGCUUUGGCCGUGUCCACUGAGGGCAGUGUAGGGGUGGUCAGCGCUCACCUUCAGAAGCUCCUGAGACACUGGGUGGCAGAGCCUGUAGUGGAGAAACGGAAAACCAUUAUAGGUGGUCUCCUUACUGUAUAUGUGUUUAAACUGGAGCUGGGCUCUGCUGUUCCUCUAUAUCGUUAUUCACUAAGUGCCAGCGUACCUGCACCCUGGCAGGCAUCAUCGUCUACACAUGGGGAUGUGCCCUUCUUUCAGGCCUACAGAAGUCCCCAUAGCAACUUCAGCACACGGAUAAGCGUGUGCGUGUCUCAUGCGUAUCACCCGCGGCCGCGCUGGAUGCUGACUCUGCGCUCGUGUGACGACAGCCGACGCUGGAGAUCAGAGUUUGACUUCUACGUGGCGUCGGUCGAGCAGCAGCACAGCAGGAAGCUGUAUUUCGCCCAGCACACGAUCAGCCCGUACCCCAGUCGUGUGUGUGAGGGGCCGCCGGGGUGUGUGUUCAGCUCUGGACCGGAUGGACCCACUCAGGGCAGCUUCUAUGCACCUCUACCUACAGCUCCUGCCCAGGUUAAGAUCUCCAGGACCUCCGGCUUUAACCCCUGCAGUGGAGGUCAGUGUGGGAAACCAGCAGUGCGUCCUCUAGUGGACACCGGAGCCAUGGUGUUCGUGGUGUUCGGCAUACUGGGCAUCAACCGCACUCAGCACUCUGACAACCAUGUUAUUGGAGACCUGGGUAGUGUGAUCUACGAUCCAGACUUUGAUGUUUUUAAUGAGAUCGGGCACUUGUGCAAGCUGUGCAAAACCAUCAGUGCCAACACCAAGCUGGUGAAGCCUGGUGGAGCUCAGUGUUUGCCAUCAGGUAACAGCCUCACAUCUAUCCUGCCGUUACUCCAUCCUGAGUGUCACUCUCUUCCGGAGCCCAAUCUUUUGCCUGGCCAGCUAUCCCAUGGUGCAGUGGGCAUACAGGGCGGUAGAGUGCACUGGAUCUCUAUGGCUUUUGAAUCAACCACCUACAAGGGAAAGUCUUCGUUUCAGACUCACUCUGAUUUCCUCCAAUGGGAAAGUUUCCUGCAGAAACAGCUCGCAUCAAUCCCAGCAUCCUCGGCUCUGAGACGAGGCUUCCAGACCUGCCAACACUGGAAACAGAUCUUCAUGGAAAUUAUAGGCAAGAGAGUAAAAAUAGAACGUGGCAAAGACAGAAAGGAGCUUUGA